AUGCUACAAAGAACGUCAGCAAGCAACCAACACAGAAGGAUUGACAAACACGCACGUUUUACCCAACCCUCAUCAGACGACGCCCCAUCAGGAACGUGGUGGAAUAUGACGUCCUCGGCAAGCCCCCCCCCCCUCCACCGAGCUCAACCGGACGGGAGCUCAGGCUUCGAAGAAAGGCAAAACCGAUUCGAUUUGAGACCUGUCGACCGGAAGAUUGACGCUAUGGGGGUUUCCUCCGUGGAGGAGAAGCGGCUCCUUGACGUCGAGUUGUCAGUCUCGACCGAACGACACCAGGUCCCCGAGGGGAAGAGGGCUGCGGGAGGCUGA